GGUAUGGAUGCAAGUUAGCGUAUGGCUGCCAUAACAAACAAAAGAGAUAGACGAAGAAGAAUGCGAUCGAGAAGAAGAAGAAGGAGGAAGUGUUGUUUGAUUUCUCCGUAUUUGGUGUAUUCGCGACCAUUCUCAGAGUUUUGGGCCUUCAAAAUAUAAGCAAGAUCUACUAAAAAUCAGGAUGAACCUGGAACGAUUACCCAACGAAGAGAAACUCAGCCUAUGCAGAAAAUAUUACUUAGGUGGAUUUGCUUUUCUCCCAUUCCUGUGGCUGGUCAAUGUUGUUUGGUUUUUUCGAGAGGCAUUUGUAAAACCAGCCUACACUGAGCAACUCCAGAUAAAAACCUAUGUGAAGCGGUCAGCACUGGGGUUGCUAUUGUGGGUAGCAGUACUCACCACAUGGAUCACUAUUUUCCAGCACUUCAGAGCACAGUGGGGGGAGGUGGGAGAUUACCUCUCCUUCACAAUUCCACUGGGCAUUCCAUGAGACAUUUUUUGAUGGCAGGCCUUUGGAAACUAACUGUUCCACUACAAUGGAAUAAAUCAUUUUCCUUCUUUAAUUACAGUGAAAGACUUUGGUUUGGUGAUUUAUCUAUGACUGUCAUCAAAGGAUAAAUGCUGUAGGGUUUGAACAUUGUUGUUUUUUUAUGCUUGUUAAGGCAUUUCACAAAGUUCUUUGCUUUUGGAGUAGGCUAAUUAAUCUUGUAUAGCAGACAAUAUUAACGAUCAUGACAGUAUCUACCAAUGAUAAAGCUAGAUCUGCUUUCAGGUUGUUCUUUUUAUUCAGCUGACUUAUAAGUGGUUAUUGUUCAUGUGUUACUGUGCAUCCAAAGUUAUUUUUACUUGUGUAUAAAUGACAAAUAAAAAGAACAUCCAUAAUGCUUUUAA